UGCGCUGCUGAUGGGAAGUAGAUGCGCUAUUUCAUAGAUACGGGUUGCUCUUAAAUAUACAGAAAUGAUUCUUCUUUUAAUUCUAAUACCACUGGCUAUCAUUGUAUUGUCCUAUUUGAUGGUACAAUGGAAUCGUGACUACGCUCUGACAUCAUUCACCCGAAAAAUUAAAACGAUCGAUGGAAGCCCCAUGGAAGAUGCCGUCACAGUGGUUGGUGGCUUUUGGGGCAGUAACUUUGAUUUGCUUUCAAUGAAUUUGGAACAAAUGUUUUAUUACUCCAGAACUUUUGCCAAGUCCUUUAAACGACCCUAUGUGCAAUAUUUCCUAAUGAGUCCCGUGUACAAUGUCAUCGAACCCAGUGAUGCGGAAUUGGUUCUAAAUGAUUCUAGGCUGCUGUCCAAAGGAGUAUUUUACACCUUCCUUCAUCCGUUUCUAAAAACCGGUCUUCUGACUAGCACAGAUAAAAAAUGGCACACGCGUCGUCGUUUACUGACGCCGGCUUUUCACUUCAAUAUUCUGAGUCAGUUUUUGGAUAUUUUCAAGCGAGAAUCUAUCAAAUUUAUUGACAAUUUGAAUGGUGUAUUGUUGCAAUCAGCUAAAGGUGAUGGCGCUGUUAUAUCGUUAAGUGAAUUAAUUCCUCGUCUCACAUUGAAUAAUGUCUGUGAAACUGCUUUGGGUGUAUGCCUCGAUGAUCGUCUGGAUGGUGAUGAGUAUCGUCAAAAUAUCAAUGAAGUGGAGGAAAGUAUGCUGGAACGUCUAAAAAAUCCCCUAAUGGCCUUUGACUGCAUAUACUACAACUCUGGGGAUGGUAAAAAAUAUUUGAAAUCUAUGGAAAAGCUGCAUGCCUUCUCAAGUGGCAUUAUUGAGAAGAGACGUGAUUUGCUCAGCAAGGAAUUGGAAAGCGAAGAUAUGGAGGCGAAAAAGACAAACCAGGAAGACUUAAAUGUCUAUGGCAAACGACGCUAUGCCAUGUUGGAUACCCUAUUGCGUGCCGAAAAGGAUGGUCUCAUUGAUCAUGCUGGCAUUUGUGAGGAAGUCGAUACAUUUAUGUUCGAAGGAUUCGAUACGACUUCAAUGAAUUUAAUUUUCGCCCUCAUGUCAUUGGCUUUGUACCCGGAUAUGCAAAAGAAAUGCUAUGAGGAAUUACAAGAGUAUAUCAGCGAUGAUUUGACAUUGUUGGAUAUGCAACAGCUCAAUAAUCUCAAAUAUUUGGAUUGUUUCAUAAAGGAAACGCAACGCAUGUAUCCAUCGGUGCCGGGUAUUGCGAGGGAAUGUACUUCGGAUACGGUAUUUGGAGGAAAGCUAUUAUUGCCCAAGAAUACCCAAAUCAAUAUACAUAUUUAUGAUAUACACAUGAACCCCAAGUAUUAUGAUGAACCCGAAGUAUUUAGACCGGAGAGAUUUUUACCCUCGGAAACAGAGAAAAGACAUCCCUUUGCCUUUAUACCCUUUAGUGCGGGGCAAAGGAAUUGUAUUGGACAAAAAUUUGCCAUGCUGGAAAUAAAGACUUUAUUAAUUUAUGUUCUUAAAAAUUUCAUCUUGGAACCUGUUACCAAACCAGAAUCAUUUCGUUUUCAUGCUGGACUAUUGAUUCGCACAAAAACCGAUAUUAAAAUUAAAAUAAGAAAACGUAUUGUAUAAUAAAUGACUGAUUAUUAUAUUAAAAAUAAAAACAUGUAAAGAAACGUUGGGUUAGGA